GUGUUAUUCUUUCUAAAUAGUCCCUCCCAGGGAGCUUUUCUCUAGUGUCAUUACUCCCUGUAACAUUGAGUGAUUGACAGUUUGACUGAGCUUUAAUGGCUUACAGGGAGAACGAGGCGCCAAGGGAGCAUGUGGACAAAGUGGACCAAAGGGAGACAAGGGGGAUGCUGGGAUUAAUGGCAGACCGGGAUUGCCAGGGAGGAAAGGAGAGCAGGGUGAAGUCGGGUCUUCAGGUUCCACAGGAAGUCCAGGGAAGGAGGGACUCAUUGGAGCCAAGGGUGACAGAGGCUUUGAUGGAGUUACGGGGACGAAGGGAUCACAAGGAGAGAAAGGUGAACGGGGCCAAGCUGGUAUCCCUGGUCCCCCUGGUUCAAGAGGAGCGGAUGGACCCCCUGGUCUAACAGGCCCUCAAGGACCUUCUGGAGGUAAAGGUCCAGAGGGCCUGCAAGGACAAAAGGGUGAAAGAGGUCCUCCAGGCCCUGCUAUGGUUGGCCCACGUGGCAUCCCUGGGAUCCCAGGAGAAAGAGGAGAACAGGGCGAGAUUGGCUCUGAUGGACCUAAAGGAGACAGAGGAGAAACAAGCAUGACGGAGGAUGAGAUUCGGACUUAUGUUCGAAGUGAGAUGAACCUGCAUUGUGCUUGUGGAGGUGUUCAGGAAGUUGAGAAACCUGUACCAGUGCAGGCUUACCGAAGCUCCUCCACGUCCCCUGAGCGCUCACUAGUCCAAGGGGACGAGGAGGGUCAAAAGCUGCGUGUUGUGAUGAACACAAAUGAUCCAGACUACGAGCACAUUUACUCUAUAGAGACCUAUGAUGAUGAUGCUCCAAUGGUGGAGAUUGCUGACUAUGACACCACUGUCAAUAAAAGCCAGGGUCAAACCGUCUCUUUUGAUUCUUUAAAAGCUGAAAGGACCAAAUUUGAGGUGAAGGGUGAAGACUCCUGCAUCUUGCCCAUGGAAGAGGGUAAUUGUUCUCGCUAUACUUUGCGUUGGUACUUUAACUCUGAGGUGGGCGUCUGUAGACCUUUUAUCUACAGCGGCUGUGGAGGAAAUGCUAACCGCUUUUUACAGAAGGAAGAUUGUGAGAAACUCUGUCUACAACAAUAAGAAGAAUUGUGUUUUAGCUUGAAGACAAGAGUUGAUUGCAAAUGGAGGAUCUCUAACUCAUCAGCAAUAUAAAAAAAUCUAAACCUCAGUGUUCAACACUGCCAUCAUGCACAAGAGAUCAAGGUAAAGGUUGAUGUCAACACCUUUGCCUCAGCGGAACAAGCACAUUUUAAAUAUUGAUCAGAUCUUUAAGGUUUUUCUUGUUUAUUUAUUUUGUGUCUGUUGAGCUGCCAAACAUCUGUUAAUAUUCCUGCCAAUCUGGAUUCAUCUACAUACAUUAUAUAUAUAUAUAUAUAUAUAUAUAUAUAUACACAUGUACAUACAGUAAGUCCAGUCAGUAACAGCAUACCACAUUAUCUUCCAUUUCUCACUUAAUCCUUGUUGUCACAUAGUUACACCCACUGACAUUUUCUCAGGUGCUAAAACCAGAAACUAGAACACACAUUGUAAUAUUCUUAACAAAUUCAUCUUAGACUUGUUCGUAGAAUAAGUCUAUGCUGUACAAAAUUGUACUGUAAAUGUAGAUCUGUAUUUUUAUCUGUAGAUCUGUAUUUUUAUCUGCUUGAAAAUGAGAAUGAAUGUUCUUGUAUUAUCAGAUGUUGCAUGUUUACUUGGACAAAUGGUGCUAUUUUUAAAGAUAUUUUUAUAUUGUUGACUGGUUUUAAUGUUUUCAUGUAUUCCGUUCAUUAUAUUCAGUGUUUAUUUCCAUUAUAGUAUAUGGAUCCUACAGUCCUGUUCAUUUUAAGUGAUGUUGGAGCAAUUUAAAGUUUUCUUUGCACAAGGCACUUCCUGUCUGCCAGUUUUAAUAGCACAUAAAAAGUAGUCAUUUUCUAAAUAUACAUUCAUAUGUUGUAAAGUGAUCUUUUCUUCAUGUGUUCUGUAUUUGCUUGAAAUAAACAUUAAAAUUUAUAAGGGAAAAAAUAAACCUGAAACAAGA